ACCACACUAUGCAUGUCAGGUACGAUCAUGAAACUGUUACUGAGGGCCAGACUGUUUAUUACAACACGGCGUGCAGGCUUCAUAUCCCUCUUCAGCUUCUCAGCAACGGAACGUACACUGUAAACGUGAACAUGUAUCCAGACGUCACUGGCUACGUCACUGAUUCGGAAUACGGCAAUAUGACGUCAUUGGAAUUUGUUAUAGAUGAGAGUAGCAGCAUUUCACUAGAGGUCUGUGAAGACAAUUCAACUAGUCUAGUGAAAAAAGUGUGUGUGGUCAAGUCACAUGACAGUACACCCCCCAGAGUAGAUAAACAGAAUAUUAUGUUGGAAAAUGUGGAAUCGAAAUUGCAAGGAAAGUGUGACCUAGAGACAAUACAGAACGACAUCAAUAUUGUUUGCAGUUACGAGCACGCUACACCAGAGGGCGUUCAAUGCCAACUUUUCCUUCAACAAAGCGAAAAUCAAUCAUUAAUUGUGGAUGCAGUAUCUGAAAGUCUAGUUGAUGUCUCCAAUAAGUUCAAUUCCUAUAAGAGCCUGUGUUCUUUCGUUGUAUACGGAGAUUUCCUUAGACCAGGACUCUACAGUGCUUACGUCUCAGCAACUGCAAAAGAAGUCCAGGGGAGAUCAAACAAGAACAUCACGAUAUAUUUCGAGCUUGAGGUCAAGAGACAAUCAGAGUCCAUAAAAUCUCAGGAGGUCGUCUAUGAAUCAAUCGCUAUGAAUGUUCUUUUUGUGGCACUAGCACUGGCAGCUUUGAUUACAGUAGCCGUUAUAGCCUUAGUAAUAAAAUACAAAUUGCAAUGUCAAAUGACCUGUCCAAAGCAACAAUCGGGCAAAAAGGCAGACCAUGAUUAUGAAGUAGUGAGUGACGUCCAGCAGUGUGAGUCUUUCAGACAAGAAGAAAGUCCAAUGCUGAACGAAACUCAGAUGGAAAGAGAAGAACGGAGCGGCAGCGAACCAGAAUACAUUGUAAUACAAUAAUGUUACUAAAGUAAAUGUAUUAAAUAUGAAAGAUACACGUGUGCCUGUGUGGAUCAAUUUCUCAAUAUAUACAUAUCUGCAUUUACCGAGCUUAGAUCAGAAAACACAUUAUAUGACUUAUAGCGAGUUACAAUUUAAUCAAAUCGGAUACACUUAACCGUAAAUGAAUAUCAUUCUCAUAUAGAGAUACUUUAUAUAGGGUAUUAUCUACAUUCAUACAUUAGCUGUCCCUCAUCUGUACAGUGUACUACAAAUGUUCUUUUGUUUCAGUUUUUGGCUGUACUGGUCAAAUAUUUAAAGAAGGCUUGCUAAUUUAGUCAUUUUAAGUUUUACAUAUUUCUAAGUCCUUAUUUGCGAUCAUAAUUAUUUGACCCUAGCAUAAAAAGUUCCUCUUUUAGAUCUUACUAUCUAUAGGGUAUGUGAUGCAAAGGUCAUCUGUGUCCGUACCAAACGUUAUACGAUGGCCAGUACAACGACCAACCGCCUUCACUUUUACCAACUAACGUCAGGUACCCAUUUAAGCUGGGUUACUUACUUAGACUUAGGUCCUCCCGCGUAGUUAGGCGCAUUGGGCGGCUAGCUGUCUCCAUAAAGAUCUGUCAUUGGCAAUGUCUGAAGCCUUCUCUCACCUGCUGUCCACUGUUCUCAGGUCCUCCAAGAAGGUGUGACGCCAAGUUAUACGAGGACGUCCCUGUUUGCGCUUUCCUCGUAUUGGCAUCCAUGUCAUUGCAACGCUUGGUUCAUUUUGUCGUAGAACAUGUCCCGCAAAUCUCAUGCGACGCUCUGUCACAACCUCACUAAGUGUUCGACUCCCAGUUCGGCAUACGUUUUCCUUGUUUGAGACCCGAUCUGUCUAACUGACUCUCAAAAUCCGUCUCAGCCAUUUUUGUUGAUCUGUGUGGACUCAAAUAAAGAUCUUAAAAUAAAAAAAUAUCAAUCUUCACCAGAAUUCAAAACCAGAACCUUUCGGAAGCCAUGCGCUUUACUACUCAUUUACCGCUACUCCGACUCAAGCACUGGUGUAGGUGAAUCUUUAAGUCUGAUUACUUAGCAUGUACAACUUUUUUCUUACAAUGUUUGUUGUAGUCAAAAAAAAAAUGUUUGUUUUAAAUUCUUUCCCUGAUUCCAAAAAAAAAAUAAAUAAAUAAUUAAGCAGUACUUUGCAAUUUCUUUCUCUACUAACUAAAAUUUGAGCCUUUUUUUCAGCGUAGGGUUACAUAAAAUAAUGUGUUGGUAGGUGAAGUGUAUAAAUAUAUAAGAGUUUAUGAUAUCAUUUCCUUUACAUUAUACGAUUACAUUCAAUAACUUCAAUUGUUAAUUGAAACACCAGAAACAAAAAAAGGCAAAGUUUUUUUGUUUUAAAUUAUUGUUGUUUAGGUCUUAUGCUGUUAUUGUUAUUUUAAAUAACAAUGUAUAUUCCAAUGCACAUAUGUACCUAAUGUAUUUAUAUGUUUACACUGUUCUUUUAUUUUCCAAUUAUAUAUGUACGUGUCAGUAUGCCGAAUAAAAUAUUCUAUCGGGAGAGCAAGCCUGCCAUAGUCUGCCCAAACCUGCUUUUGUUAAAUACUUAAGUUGUAUACUUUCCAUAGAGCUGUCUGGUUGUCCAUCCUCUGUUUAAUCAGUCCGGUGAGAGGAAGCUUUUGUUCGCUUGUGCUUCCUAGAAUUUCAAGAGCCGUUAGAUCAACUCAACCUGACAGUUUCAAACGUUGUACCCUGCCCUUCGCCACCCCCCCUCCCCCCGCCAUCUUGCGGAAGAUUAAGACUUGGAUGUUAUAAUCUUAAAUGCUGGAAAAACAUUCGAAACAAGUUUUUAAAAAAGCCAAUGGGACAAGCUAAAUCAUUGACUUCACCUUCACCUACCCAUAAUCUGUUGGACCGUUGGGGCACCUCACCAUCUUUCUCCAUUCCUCUCUGUCUUUUGCUUUAGAUAUCUUAUUAUUUUAUCUUCCCAUCGCUUUUAUGUGUGCCUCUUCUUGUUCUUGCUGGUACUGUUCCCUGAAGGAAGGUCUUGGCAAGAGCCGAAGACCUUGUAAUAUGACCAUAGAGUUUUAGUCUCCGUUUUUGUGUACACUAGUUAUCAGGUCCUCGUGGGGUCCAAUGGCUGUAGUAACCCAGUCUAUAAUCUCUUGGUUUGUGAUGCGAUCUUUAAAUCAUUGUCAUAUCGUCUUAUAACUAGAGGUGCUAGGAUAAUAAUAUAAUAAGAUAAUAUAAUACAACAUAAAGAUAUCUACUUCAGAACUAUUUCUCAAUCUAUAGUUUGAUAUAAUCAUGCUACAACUGACCCUAGCACUAGUUAAAAAUGAUAAUAUCUAUAUUUUCUCAAGUUUGUUUUAUUUAAUGCACAGAUUAAUAGGUAACGAUUACUGAUCUAUUACUCCUGUCGUAGUAGAGGCUUGACAAUUUUAAUUCAUUCAUAAGAUAAGAGCAACAUUAAAAUGCCCCAUCUUCACACAAACAGAAUUUAUGGAUGCUUUUUAUUCGUGUUUGAGUUAUUAUGCAUGCUAAUUUAAAGUUAAAAUGUUGUAAUUGGAAAAUGCGUUUAAGAAUAAAAAUUAUACAUGACCAGAGCAAGUGCCAUAGACUAUGCGUAUGUUUGUGUAUUAACAAUCUGUUUAACGUACCAACAGUAUUAUACUAUUUUAGUAUUAAGCUAUUCAAUGUUAUGGUAAUUGAUAAUGAGCCUACCUUUGUAGAAUGUCAAUGUGGAUCAUUGUUUUAAAAUAGUAGAAUUCGAGAGAGAAGUAUGCACCCAUGUUGAUUAUUCACACUUUAUGCUUGCACGGUGUUCUAUUUAUUGUAUACAUUUUUGUUGUCUUAUUAUCUGUUGCAUUUUAUUUUAAUAUAUACUUCAGAAUUAAAGAACAUUGAAAAUUACAA